AUCAGAGAGUUCGCAUGAUAUAUCUGAAAUGUGGUUAGAUGACAUCUCUAACAGCAAUUAUGCAGACAUUAUGGUUGAAGAUGUCAGACUCCAAGAAGCCAAAGAAGAGAGCUCAAUCUGUUUUCAAGCACAGCCUCAUUGCACUGAUUUUGUUCUGCAAGACACAAGUGAAAGCAUCGAGUUUCUCAUUCAAGAAAAAUAUUAUCCAUCCAAAGAUAUAGAUUCUGAGUAUGACGAAUCUACUUUGAGCGAGGAAGUAUUUCAGAAUCUAGCUAAUGAAAAAGAUAACAACAGAGUAAACGAGAAACGUUUGGAUUACGAGGUUAGUUGUGUCUCAAUGUUACUUGAUGAAGAGAUAGUUGAAAAUAGUGAAGGCCACAGCAGUAGUGAAAGUUGCAAGAUUGAUGAGAGCUAUGAAGACAAAGAUGAAAGCCUAGAAAAUGAUGAUGAUGAUGAUGAAUUUAGCCAGGAGGACACAAUUCACAUGUCUAAAGUGCCUGAAGAAAGCACCACCAUUAUUAUUGAGGAGCAAAAAUUAUCAGAAGAAAAUGAAGUUAAAGGUGGUAAGUUGAAGAGCAUAGGUGGUGAAGAACAGCACACAAGCAAGAAUUGGCAAUGGGGAACUAAGCGGAAGAGACCUGUAGAAGAGGAAGAAGAAAUGAGAAAGAUCAACCCACGAAAGCCAAAUUUUCUGCCCUUAGUUUCUGAGGUAGAACCAGAGAAAGUUGAUCUGAAGCACCAAAUGAUAGAGGAAAGAAAAGAUGCAGAGGAAUGGAUGCUUGAUUUCGCACUGAGACAAGCUGUCACAAAACUUGCUCCAGCAGGGAAAAGGAAAGUUUCAUUACUAGUUGAAGCUUUUGAAGCAGUAAUGUCAAUGCCCAAAUGCGAAGCUCAUAUAAGAAGUGAUUCACCCUUUGCUCAUGCAAGGCCUAUUCAAGCGUAUAGUUGAUGAAUGCAUGCUACAAAGGUAAACAUUGAGAGUCUUCUCUGAUUCCUUACAUCAAGUGCUAUCUUGCACAGAAAUCAAAGACACCAGGAAGAAAGCCAAUCUCCACGACCAGGAGAAAUCUGCAAGUACCCAUUUCAAUCAGUAACUUUCUAUGCAACUGCUUUCUCAAAUUUGGAGAAAUGGAGAAAAUUCAACCUGCAGGGUUUUGUGGCUUUUACAUGAAUACUGAAACACAAGAAAUGGACGUGGAUUUGCCAUAUGAAUUUGUUCUGCGUACUUUGGUAUUUGCUUUUCUUAAGUUGUGUUUGGUGCUAUUACUUUUGUGUAUAAUAAAUGCAAGUCACCCUCGAGAUCUGUUAAUGCAUUUUAUUUCUAUCCAAGAGCAUAGCUAUCAGUAUGUGUUUUGUAUGGUUUUGUUUUUUUAUUUUACUAAUUUUAUAAUCAGGAAUUAUGAAGUACAACGUG